AUGCGUUCCGCUGCUUUCACCCUCUUCGCCGCUGGCGCUGCUGCCCAGUUCACUCUCCCUCCUCUGGCCAACUUCGCCGCCGUGAACGCUGACUCUUGCGACACUGUCGCUCCCGUCAUCACCAGCUGCUACUCCAAGUUUGGUGGUUCCAAUGGCAUGUUGACUGCCGACCCCAACGCCAUCAUUGGAUGCGCAUGCUGCACUGCCGGUUCUAACCUGGCCCCUGCCUACUCUGGCUGCUCCUCCGAGCUCAGGCCCAGCUCCAGCUCUGCUGCCGGUGUCUACGGAAGUCUCUACUCCAUCUGCCAGCUCGGCGCAACCUGCGGCGGUUCGACUGCUACCGCUACCAGGUCUGGUUCCAGCUCCAGGUCAAGUGGCAGCGCCAGUGCCAGUGCCAGCGGCAGCUCGCGAACUAUCACCUCUGCCCCCUCCACCAGGACCAGUGCCAGCAGCAGCCCCAAUGCCUCCGGUAACUCCCAGGCUUGCUACGAUAUGCUGGACAUGUACUCCCAGUGUGUCUCUUCGACCAGGGGCUUCUCCGACUUGCCCUUCCAGUCCCAGGCUCCUUGCUACUGCUGCUCAACUGCUCGUAACACUGUUACCUGGCACGACGACCUCGACAACUACGCUGCCACUUGCGCUCAGUGGGCCUCCAGUGUUGAAACCUCUGUCUAUAGUGUUGCCAGCCGAUUCGCCAGCUUUUGCCACCAGUUCUCCGAUGCUUGCGACAGCGCUGCCACUUCCACAAGCAGCAGCAGCUCUAGCCGCAGCACUUCCGGUGCCAGCAGUGGCGGCUCUGUCACGGGUGCUGGCCAGACCACUGCUACCCAGACUGGUGCUGCUGCCACCACCACAACCCAGGGCGGUGAUGCCACUCAGACCCGCGCCGGUGCUUUCGCUGGUAUUGUCGCUCUCUCCGCUCUUUUCCUCGUUCUGUAA